AUGGCCCGGAGCCACAAAGCAAGGGAACCUCGCCGACGGGAGAGCCGAGACAGUGAUUCAGCAUCUCCGGCCAGGCCUGGAGAGGGAUUGUCGGGAUUUCGCAACCAAUAUGACAAUGAUGUCACUGUUUGGAGUCCUCAGGGCAGAAUUCAUCAAAUUGAAUAUGCAAUGGAAGCUGUUAAACAAGGUUCAGCCACAGUUGGUUUGAAAUCAAAAACCCAUGCAGUAUUGGUUGCGUUAAAGAGGGCACAGUCAGAGCUUGCAGCUCACCAGAAAAAAAUCCUUCAUGUUGACAACCAUAUUGGAAUUUCAAUUGCGGGGCUUACUGCUGAUGCUAGAUUAUUAUGUAACUUCAUGCGCCAAGAGUGUUUGGAUUCAAGAUUUGUUUUUGACAGACCUCUUCCUGUGUCUCGUCUUGUAUCUCUAAUCGGAAGUAAGACCCAGAUACCAACACAGCGUUAUGGUCGGAGACCGUAUGGUGUGGGACUGCUCAUUGCUGGAUAUGAUGAUAUGGGCCCUCACAUUUUCCAGACCUGUCCAUCUGCUAACUAUUUCGACUGUAGGGCUAUGUCCAUUGGUGCUCGCUCUCAAUCAGCUCGUACAUACUUGGAGAGACAUAUGUCUGAGUUUAUGGAGUGCAAUUUGAAUGAACUGGUUAAACAUGGUCUUCGUGCCUUAAGAGAGACUCUUCCUGCUGAGCAGGACCUAACUACAAAGAAUGUUUCCAUUGGCAUUGUUGGUAAGGACCUGGAGUUUACGAUCUAUGAUGACGAUGACGUGUCUCCAUUCCUUGAAGGUCUUGAAGAAAGACCACAGAGAAAAGCCCAGCCUGCUCAACCUUCUGAUGAACCUGCAGAGAAAGCUGACGAACCCAUGGAACAUUAAGUGAUAACUAGUCUACAUAUGUAAUAUCAACUUUGUAAGAAUGCAGGAGCAUAAAACUGAAUGACAGUAAUCCCUACAUUGAACCAAGAAAUGGCCGAGUGGUAGAAUGAUAUGUUUUAGGAAUCAGUCCAGAUGAGAAUUUUUUUUUCCAGGAAACAUAAUUGAAACUAUAUAGUGGGGUUCAUGGUUUGUUUUUUGUUUUAUUUUAUUUUGGUUUUGAAAAGGUCUAUGUAAUCAUUUUCUAGAAAGUAUAAGAUACCUGUACUACUCUUUUUUAUAUGCAAAACAUAGUGUCUUUGUGAUUUUAAAAGACAACUAUGUAAUAAAAUUGUUUGAUCUGCUGGU